CAACAGGUGGAUAACCAUAACAGUCAUAAAUUCAUAGCACUACAACAUCCCAGAUCUUGUCUUGAAACGAUUUUCCAACAACCAAACUUCUCAUCUUUUGAUGUUUAAUGUGCCUUUGUAGGCAGCUUUUGGUAUUGACUUUUCCGGCUGAGCUAUGAUGUCUGAAGCUGGCGGAAUUGAUUUCUUACAAAUUCCACUUGUUGCUCUCAGGGCCAGGACAAGGAAAGUCCUUUCUCUUGGAUUGAACUGCACCAAAGUGAUUCCUUCUCCAUCUGGCUAUCCCAGGGAUUGGAGAGGGUUGGCGGAUAUUGCCAAAGUGUCUUUGCCUCCUUGUGACAACGAUCCGACAGCAAGCAUCAUCUGCCAGUGGGAAAGGACCAAAUCAAAUGUCAACGAUUUACGAGAAGCACUGAAGGAAAUAGACAGAUGGGAUGUCCUAGAUGAUAUAACGGAAUAUCUUGAAACAGACGUAAAAGAUUAUCUUAACACAUCAAAUAAUAAUGAUGGUUGCCUGCAAAAAAUAGAACCAGACUUUGCUCUUACUGAUGAUGACGUUCAAAGAAAGGAAAAAGGAUUGGGCCCUCAAAUUUAUGAUGCAUUUCUUUUAUUUGCCGAUGAAGAUAAGGAGUUUGCAAUGGAGAUUGUUCAUAAAUUAGAAGGAGAAUAUAACGCAAAACUUUGCUUGAAAGAUAGGGAUUUACUCGGAGGCGUAUCAAUUGAACAUGAAGCCAUAAUGAGAUUGAUAUCGCAAAGAUGCAACAAGGUCAUUACAGUUCUGUCACACAGUUUCUGUAAAAGUUCAGUCAAUAAAUUUUUUGUCGCUUUUGCCCAAGCUCUUGCUAUAAGACAGGAAUCGAGGAAAAUAAUCCCUAUAACUUAUCAAAAUUCCAAACUUGACUUUCCCAUACAACUUCAACAUUAUUUCAUAUUGAAUUAUGACAGGGCGAACAAUUUUGGCAAUUUCUGGGAUAAAUUGCACCAAUCGAUUAAAGCACCUGUUGAAAAAAUAAGAGAAGUACAAAUUGAAGCGCCUUCAAACUGCAAAGAAAUUGAAUGGAAGAGCAAUUCUUUACCUGUUAAAGAAUGGGACUGCACAAAAUCUGUAAACAAAGAGAAACAGUGCAAAGAAUUAAAAGUAGAAGAACUAUACACUGUUGACGAAGCUUGUGAUAACUCAAGUAACAACAGUGCAGAACUGGAAAGGUUGAAGUUAACUGAAGCUCAACAAGACAGCGAACCUCAAAGCCCUGCCUCAAAGUUAUUUAAAAAGACAAAGAAACUGUUUAAAAAAAAUAAGAAAAAAGUCCCCGUUCUGAGUUCGUAAUCUGAGAUUAUUUACCUGUUUCAUUAACUGAAAUCUGUGAUAAUUUUUGUAAAUCACGAUACCAUUUUCAUCCAAUGUGCAAUUCAAAGGCAGACAUUGCCUUAGUCACAAAGAAUUAGUUUGUAUAAAAAUUUUCCUGUACAUGUAUAUAUCACGGUUGCCAUUUUUCAGUGCCUUAUUCUGUAAUAUAAUCAAUUUUUAUUCAAAAACAUGUAGUUGUUACAAAUUGAUUUUAUAUUAGUUAUAGCAAUCAUUAAAUAAAAUUAAAAAUGCAUUGAUCAUUUUAUAUUAAAUAACUAAUCUAAUCAUAUGAUAGUAUUAACAUGACACGUUAACAAUUAAAUCAAAUAUGAAUGUUAGAAAGACAUAAAAUGAGGUGAAAGUAAAGAAAAAAAAUCUAUGUCAGUGCUAUUCACAAAAAAAACGUGAUAUACUCGCCUCAUUUAAUUGUUAUUUAAGAAAAAAAUCUUAUUAAGAAUGGUAUCUAUUCAUUAAUGAUUAGAUUUGUGUAAUAAUGAUACAAUAUAAAAAGUAAACCUCAACAAUAUAGCAAUUAAUCGUUAAUUGUUAUAGAACAAACAAGAGCCGGCAAGGAUUUGAAGACAAGUGAGAAAUCCAUUGUCUCAAUUCCAAAAUGAAUUUUCUGUUUGACAUUACUAGCCACUUCCAACAUAGAAUAUAAAGUUAAAAUUGUGGCCAAAAGUUAAUUUUGGAUUGAAACAUGUUUGCCUAAAGGAUAAAUUAAAAACUGGUUAAUUUUCAUAAUCAUGAUUUUAUUUUAAAUGUUUUAACAUUAGAUAAACUUACAAAAGCACAACAUUUACACAAAUAACAAUUUGUUUAAUAAUUUAAUUACAUUUACAUUAUAUAGUGAUUACUAAACCUAAAUUUUGUAUGUAGUGGUCAUCCUGAGAAUAAAGUUUGUGAUGAAAUUUUCACAUACCUGUGUAAUAAGGUUUCACACAAUUUAUUGACCUAUUCUAAUUUACCUACAGUACACAAUCCAUCUCUUAUAACCAUAAUUAUCUAAUAAAACUGCUUUUGACAUAUUAGAAAUGAAAUUACCCUGUUGUUAAUAAACAUUUUAACCUUUGAGAAAAUAAUUACAGCCUAUUUUUAAAAUACUACGCAUAUUCUCAUAACUAUGUUAUUUUACAAAAAGCAGCAAAACAAUUUUUAAUCUACGAAGAAAAUUAACGACAAUUCAUGAAUAAAUUGUACCUAAACUAAAGCACAGCCAUUAAAAUAAAACUAUCACAUCGAAUAAAAAUAUAAUUACAUUUUAAUUUAGUUUUUAUAAAUAACCAGGUAAUACUUUCUACAUUGUAGUAAAAACAAUUUAAUUGUGAAUAAUAAUUCAAUUUUUGUAAAUAGCAAGUCUGUAGGUAGGCAUAAGUUACAAUCAUUUCAUUUAUUAAGUGAAAUUGUUAAAAAAAAAAUCUAUUAAAAGACCACUUCAAUGAAAA